AGUAAGUGAGCGCAAUGGAGCAACUACGGUCCUUCUUUGUGUUCUUGGCUGUUUUGUUAGCUUCACUGGUCAAUGCAGAAGUUCACUUUCAUGAGUUUGUUAUUCAAGAGACGCCGGUGAAGAGGCUGUGCAGAGUUCAUAACUCGAUCACGGUGAAUGGACAGUUUCCAGGGCCGACCUUGGAGGUGCGAAACGGUGAUUCCCUUGUCAUCACAGCCAUAAACAAAGCUCGGUACAACAUCACCCUCCACUGGCAUGGGAUACGGCAGAUGAGGAAUCCAUGGGCAGAUGGACCAGAAUACAUAACCCAAUGCCCAAUCCAACCAGGAGGUAGUUACACCUACAAGUUCACCAUCGAAGAUCAAGAAGGUACCUUGUGGUGGCAUGCCCACAGCAGAUGGCUGCGAGCCACCGUGUAUGGCGCUCUCAUUAUCCGCCCUCCGCUCUCUUCUCCUCAUUACCCUUUUCCAGUUAUUCCCAAGAGAGAGAUUACCCUCCUCUUAGGGGAGUGGUGGGACAGAAAUCCCAUGGAUGUCCUCAACUUAGCCCAAUUCACGGGAGCAGCACCAAACAUCUCAGACGCCUUCACCAUCAAUGGUCAGCCUGGUGAUCUCUACAGAUGUUCCAGCCAAGAAACUUUAAGAUUUCUGGUGGGGUCAGGAGAGAUUGUCCUCCUCAGGGUCAUCAACUCUGCUUUGAACCAAGAACUCUUCUUUGGUGUCGCGAAUCACAAACUGACAGUGGUUGCUGCGGAUGCCUCCUACACCAAACCUUUCUCGACCAAUGUCAUAAUGUUAGGUCCAGGUCAGACAACUGAUGUGCUUCUAACCGCAGACCAACCGCCAGCACAUUACUACAUGGCAGCACAUGCAUACAACAGUGCCAACGCUGCCUUUGACAACACCACAACCACUGCAAUCCUCAAGUACAAAGAUGCCUCCUGUGUUACUCUUCAAGGUAAAUCACAGGCACAGGCAAUACCUGCACAGCUGCCAGGAUUCAACGACACAGCAACAGCAGCAGCAUUCACAGCGCAGAUGAAGAGUCCUUCGAAAGUAAAAGUGCCCCUGGAGAUUGAUGAGAACUUGUUUUUCACAGUGGGAUUGGGACUAUUCAACUGCACAACCCCCAACACACAAAGGUGUCAAGGCCCUAACGGAACACGCUUCACAGCGAGCAUCAACAACGUCUCUUUCGUCUUCCCCAAACAAAACUCCAUAAUGCAAGCCUAUUACCAAGGCACUCCCGCAGGUGUUUUCACCACAGACUUCCCUCCUACGCCUCCUGUCACAUUUGACUAUACAGGAAACGUGAGCAGAGGGCUAUGGCAACCUACCCGCGGAACAAAGGCCUACAAACUAAAGUUCAAUUCAAACGUGCAGAUUAUAUUGCAAGACACGAGCAUCGUGACCACUGAGAAUCACCCGAUGCAUCUCCACGGCUACGAGUUCUACGUAGUUGGGACAGGUGUUGGUAACUUCAACCCAAAUACAGACACAGCUUCCUUUAACCUCAUCGACCCACCACGAAGAAACACAAUCGGAACACCACCAGGUGGAUGGGUAGCCAUCAGAUUCGUGGCGAAUAAUCCAGGAGCGUGGCUGAUGCACUGCCACAUCGACUCACAUAUAUUCUGGGGUUUGGCGAUGGUCUUCUUAGUGGAGAACGGAGAAGGGCAUUUGCAGUCUGUACAGUCUCCACCAUUGGACUUACCCCAAUCAAGUCCAAAAGUAUUUCUCAAUUUUGCACAAAAAAGAAAGAAAACAAUGCACCAGCCGGGAAUCGAACCCGGGUCUGUACCGUGGCAGGGUACUAUUCUACCACUAGACCACUGGUGCUUAAGAGACCCAAACUUCGUUACCUUCGCCGCCAUGGCCUCCGCACUCGAAUGCUGGACCACCCGUAAUGCCGCUGGUGGUUGCGCUGACGACGAUUUCGUUGACCAAGUCCUCAUGUGCUCUGACGACAGGUCUGAGUCCCUCACUGCUGCUCCACCUUCCGAUCAAACGUCUUCCGCUAUGCAAAAGCGGUUUCAGCGUCUCGGCCGCAACGUCUCCGACGCGAUCGCGUCUCUCAAGAACUCUCUCAACCUCGAUUCGGGUCGGGAAAACCAAAAUGCAGCCACCGGAGGAGGUAGGAAGCUCGUAUGGGCCACUGUUGUGAGAAACCUUGCUAAAAUGUAUCCCGGAAGUCAGUUGCCUGAUAAGCUCGUCUCUAACCUCCGGAAGCAUUACGAUUCUUUGCCUCUCAGUUAUAGUCAGACUGGUUUCGAUAUGAAAGAUGUAUUUGUACACAUAAAGCUGAUAGAGCAAACUUCUGGAGAUGAUAAUCCUGUGUUUGUGAUUCAAGAGGUGUGUGAUGAGGAAGCUGAUGAUCAGGGUUCUUUGUUCAAGCUCACAUUUGCUUGUACUACUUCGCUUCCAUGGUCAACCAUUUCAGGGUCUCUUGAUUGUGCUUCGAUUUGUUGUAAGAAAGUACAAAUCUUUGAGAAGAAGGGGUUGACUCUCGGAGUUGUUCUUCUUUUGGUUGAGUCUGGACAAGAGAAGUUGUUCAAAAUUAAGGUAGAGAAUGCUCUUAAAUCUGCGGUGAGGAAGCCUAAGUCAACCUCUGUGAAGCUCCCUUUUGGUCUUUGCGGUUGUCAAGAACAGAAUGCGGGUGUAGGAGAAUUCGGGGAUGUUGAUGUGGAGUCCAUUGAUCAAUGCUAUAGACACGAGUUGGAUAAUCAGAAUACUAGGAUCCAGCUUCAAAUGCCACCUCCAAGCUCUUCGUUUUCUGUAUCUGUGGAUGAAUGGCAGACCAUCCAAUCAGGUGAAGAUGAUAUAGGAAAAUGGCUACUGAAUUCAGAUGAUAUCGAGUUUGGUGGUCAGUUAGGACCAAAUUCCUUUAAAGGAGUUUACAGAGGAAUAAAGGUGGCCAUUGAGAAACUAAAAGGCUGUGAAAAGGGGAAUUCCUAUGAGUUUGAGAUCCGAAAAGAUUUCUUGGAGCUGAUGACCUGUGGACACAAGAGCAUUCUGCAGUUUUAUGGUGUCUGCAUCGACGAAAAUCAUGGAUUAUGCGUGGUAACAAAAUUGAUGCAAGGUGGCUCACUCCGUGAACUGGUGUUGAAGAAAAAGAAGCUUCAGACCAAGGUGAUAUUUCAAAUUGCUGUUGACAUAGCAGAAGGGAUGAAGUUCAUUAACGAUCAUGGUGUUGCAUAUAGAGACCUUAACACACAGAGGAUACUAUUAGAUAAGCAGGGCAACGCCUGUUUGGGAGAUUUGGGAAUAGUCAAUGCAUGCAAGAGUGUCAACGAGGCCAUGGAGUAUGAAACAGAUGGCUAUCGAUGGCUUGCACCGGAGAUAAUCGCGGGAGACCCGGAGAAGACAAGAGAGAGUUGGAUGAGCAAUGCGUAUAGCUUUGGGAUGGUGCUUUGGGAAAUGGUGACAGGAGAGGAGGCGUAUGGGUCUUGCUCGCCAGUGCAGGCAGCUGUUGGGAUUGCAGCGUGCGGGCUAAGACCAGAUAUCCCAAAGGAGUGCCCUCAAGUCCUCAGAUAUCUUAUGACCAAAUGCUGGAACACUUGCCCUUCCACACGCCUUAACUUCUCUCAAAUCCACUGCAUCUUGCUCCGUGCCAUCUCACGCACCGAUGCCUUGGCCUUGAUGAAAUUUAAAGAGAGAAUAGAGAGAGACCCAUUUGGAGCUCUAAUGAAUUGGGGAGAGCUUUCUCAUUGUUCUUGGUCUGGUGUUGUCUGUUCAAAUGAUGGAAGAGUUGUCAUCUUAAACCUAAGAGAUCUCUCCCUACAAGGAACACUUGCACCUGAACUAGGAAACCUAACUCACUUGAAAUCUCUUAUUCUUAGAAACAAUUCAUUUUCCGGGAAAGUACCUGAAGAGGUAACAGAAUUGCAGGAGCUUGAGAUCUUGGAUUUGUGUGACAACAACUUUGGCCAACCAUUUCCCUUCAGCUCAAACGGCCGUAGGCUGCUUCAGGUAACUUCCCCUGGGAAGGCACCUCCUCCUACACAGGAUCUCAUUGUAAAACCUUUCCUCUCUCCUUUUCCUCCGUCGAUUGGAGGUCAAAGUCCUCCCCCUAGUUCCCCAGUCAUUCCCCCAAACCCGCCUCAGCCUCCACCAGUUCCCCCUCCACCAGCUCAGCCUCCACCAGCUCAGUCUCCACCACCUCAGCUUUCAGAUGUCCCUAAUGCUGCCAACAAGAAGAGAUCUCAAAAGACUAAGACUUACAUAAUAGUUGGAGUGCUAGUAGGUGUAUUUGCCGUCAUUGCCGUAUUGGUGGCCUUCUUUUUUCUCUGGAACCAAAAGGUAAAAAUGAUAAAGCCAUGGGGGGCAACUGGGAGCAGUGGAGAGCUUCAAAAUGUUGUUACUACAGGUGUUCCUAAGCUGAAGCUAGCAGAACUAGAAACUGCCUGUGAAGACUUCAGUAACAUCAUAGGCUCCACAUCCUCAGACGCCACCAUUUAUAAAGGAACCCUCUCCACCGGCUCUGAAAUCGCUGUUCUAGCAGUCGCAUCUGGAUCCCUCCAGGACUGGUCAGUGGAUCACGAAACACAGUUCCAAGAAAAGAUACAGAGGUUAUCUCAAGUGAACCACAAGAACUUCCUCAAUGUAAUCGGAUAUUGCCAUGAAGACGAGCCAUUCAACCGAAUGCUAGUUUUCGAAUACGCUCCUAACGGAUCUCUCUUCGAGCAUCUGCAUGACCAAGACGCAGAGCAUUUGGACUGGCCAAUGAGACUAAGAAUCACAAUGGGAAUAGCUUACUGUAUGGAACAUAUGCACAAUCUAAACCCUAAACCCAUCUCUCACACCAACCUCAACUCUUCUUCAGUCUACUUGGCAACAGAUUACGCAGCCAAAGUCUCAGACUUUACUUUCCUCAGCUCCACACCACUUGACCCCAUGACCAAUGUCUCAAGUUUUGGCACCCUUCUGCAAGAGAUCAUCACCGGAAAGAUCCCGGAUCCAGAUUCUCUGUUCCACGACGAAACCAAGCCCGUUGCAGACCCGUCUCUGAAAAGCUUUCAAGAGGAUGUCAUGGAGAGACUGUGGGAAGUGGUGAAAGAGUGUUUGAAUCAGAAGCUGGAAAUGAAGGAAGUGGUGGUUAAGCUGAGAGAGAUCACCGGAAUAACGCCGGAAGCAGCUUUGCCAAGUCGAUCUCCGGCGUGGUGGGCGGAGCUGGAGAUUAUAUCCACCGAAAUGUAGAUAUAUCAUUCACACCAAUUGCAUAGUAACGUAAUGUAUCAUCAUCUCUGUACUCUCUGCAAAUUUGAAGUCUAAAGAUGAUUUCUUUCUUUUUUUUUUGGGUUUUGUUUGGGUCAAUUAAGACAAAAUGUGUGGGUUUGAAACCUUAAAGAGAAUCAUGUACUGUCUGCAUAAUCUUUGUUCUUAUUGUCAAACGACAUGAAGUUGAGCUAUGAUUGAUAAAAACGACAACUAAAU